CUGGCCGGCCGUGCUGGACCGAGGCAGCGACGUGGGCGCCCCGCGGGCCGGGCCGCCGCGCCGCGUCCCUAGUCCGGUCUCCGCGCUGGCCCGGCCCGGUCCUCAGCUCCACCCCCUGCCUCCUCCUCCCGCCCGCUCGCGCCUCCUGAAAAGCCUGCCCGCCCGGGGCGGCGGCGCAGAGCCGGGCCGGCGCACGAGGCAGCCAGCACGGCCAUGACUGCGGAGAAGACGCUGCCCCUGGGCAAUGGCAAGGCUGCUGAGGAGGCGCGGGAGUCGGAGGCGCUGGCCGGUGGCGACACGGCGUCCGUGCGCGACCUGCGGGACAAGGCGGUACAGGAGCGCGGCCACUGGAACAACAAGGUGGAGUUCGUGCUGAGCGUGGCCGGGGAGAUCAUUGGGCUGGGCAACGUGUGGCGCUUCCCUUACCUGUGUUACAAGAACGGAGGAGGGGCCUUUCUGAUUCCUUACGUGGUGUUCUUCAUUUGCUGUGGAAUCCCAGUGUUCUUCCUGGAGACAGCCCUAGGCCAGUUCACCAGUGAAGGUGGCAUCACGUGUUGGCGGAAAAUCUGCCCUCUGUUUGAAGGCAUUGGCUAUGCCACACAGGUGAUUGAGGCCCACCUCAAUGUGUACUACAUCAUUAUCCUGGCCUGGGCCAUCUUCUACCUGAGCAACUGCUUUACCACUGAGCUGCCCUGGGCCACCUGUGGACAUGAGUGGAACACAGAGCGCUGUGUGGAGUUCCAGAAACUGAACAUGAGCAACCACAGCCACGUGUCCCUGCAGAAUGCCACCUCCCCGGUCAUGGAGUUCUGGGAGCGCCGGGUCCUGGCCAUCUCUGACGGGAUCGAGCACAUCGGGAACCUACGCUGGGAGCUGGCCUUGUGUCUCCUGGCAGCUUGGACCAUCUGUUACUUCUGUAUCUGGAAGGGGACCAAGUCCACAGGAAAGGUUGUCUAUGUCACGGCUACCUUCCCUUACAUCAUGCUGCUCAUCCUCCUCAUCCGAGGGGUCACGUUGCCGGGGGCUUCUGAAGGUGUCAAGUUCUACCUGUACCCUGACCUCUCACGGCUCUCCGACCCACAGGUCUGGGUGGAUGCUGGCACACAGAUCUUCUUCUCCUAUGCCAUCUGCCUGGGCUGUCUGACGGCGCUGGGGAGUUACAACAAUUACAACAACAACUGCUACAGGGAUUGCAUCAUGCUCUGUUGUCUGAACAGUGGCACCAGCUUUGUGGCCGGCUUUGCCAUCUUUUCCGUCCUGGGCUUCAUGGCGUUCGAGCAGGGAGUCCCCAUCGCCGAGGUGGCCGAGUCAGGCCCCGGCCUGGCCUUCAUUGCCUACCCCAAGGCCGUCACCAUGAUGCCCCUCUCCCCACUGUGGGCCGCCUUAUUCUUCAUGAUGCUCAUCUUCCUGGGCCUGGACAGCCAGUUUGUGUGCGUGGAAAGCCUGGUGACCGCUGUGGUGGACAUGUACCCCAAGGUCUUUCGGAGGGGCUAUCGGCGUGAGCUGCUUAUCCUGGCCCUGUCGAUCGUCUCCUACUUCCUGGGCCUUGUGAUGUUAACAGAGGGCGGCAUGUACAUCUUUCAGCUGUUUGACUCCUAUGCUGCCAGUGGGAUGUGCCUUCUCUUCGUGGCCAUCUUCGAGUGCAUCUGCAUUGGCUGGGUGUAUGGAAGCAAUCAGUUCUACGACAACAUUGAAGACAUGAUUGGCUAUCGGCCAAUUUCACUCAUUAAGUGGUGCUGGAAGAUUGUGACCCCUGGGAUCUGUGCGGGCAUCUUCAUCUUCUUCCUGGUCAAGUACAAGCCGCUCAAGUACAACAAUGUGUACACCUACCCGGCCUGGGGCUAUGGCAUCGGCUGGCUCAUGGCCCUGUCCUCCAUGCUGUGCAUUCCACUCUGGAUCUUCAUCAAGGUGUGGAACACGGAGGGCUCACUGCCCGAGAAACUGCAGAAGCUGACGGUCCCCAGCACUGACCUGAAGAUGCGAGGCAAGCUUGGCUCAGGCCCACGGACGGUGAUGGUUAAUGACUGUGACGCUAAGCUCAAAGGCGACGGCUCCAUCGGUUCCAUCACCACCAUCACAGAGAAGGAGACGCACUUCUGAGGCACAGCCAGGCCGCGUACCCUCUCUCACUCCUUCCCCAUGUGCGUAGGUGAACCCCUGACACGCGUGCUUCUCCUAGUGGUAGGGCCUUGCUCGUGUGCACAGGAUGUAUUAACAAGGUAAUUCACAGCUGGCCACCAUACACUCUGCCAUAAACCCGCCCGCCAACCCCGGAAGUAUCCGCCACCGUGAGAUAAUCCUGUACAGUGACAGGCAGGGCCUCUCAGUCCUGCUUUAACCUGUUCUCUAGGCAUUAGGAAGCUGGGUAUCAUGCUGUCAACUUGGAUACUCGGGCUAUGGGCUGGUGGCCAGGAAGCCACACCUGUCCCCUGUCCCCUUUGGGCACCUUCAAACUGGCCUUCCCACCUAUCAACUCCCAGCUCCCAUGUCCACCAUCCUGCCUGCCUGCCCAGGGGCUGCUGGGUGUACAGACAGGAAGACUGCAUGACAGAGAAAUCCUACCAGACUGGCUGAUUGGCAGAGCCACCCCUCAUCUUGGUUUCUUCUAUAGACCUGUGGCAGCUACCUCUGCCGGCCCAUGCUUGUUGAAAGCCAAGUUCAUUUUUG